AUUCCGGCACGAAACACACGUCUGAACAAAGUGUUGAGAAGAAAUAAAUAACGCGUUGAUCAGGUGCUGUUAACCGAUCAGUGAGAAGUGUGUACAUGGUGCGACUUUCCUUUUCUUCUUCUUCUUCUUCUUCUCUUCUACUUAUCUAUCUCUGUUCUUUUUUUUCCUCCCUAAUUCUCGAGUUAUCUUUCAGUUUGGAAGACUCAAAAUAAACUAUAAGUAUCCAACACCGACUCCUAUCAUGUAUCUCUAGAAGGAAAAAAAAAAUCCAUUUGAUCGAUCCUCCAAAGUUUCUAAUCUCCACUACUUUAAAAUUCGUCGAUCCUAAUCAUUCUAAGUGCUUAAAAGAAAAAUUAAUAAAAAAGAACAAAAUGGACGAAAAUCUCAGUCGUGGAUAUGUGCAAUUAGGAAAAGCAAGAGGCAUGAAUGAAUUUAAAUUGUCUAAUGGAUUUACACAUCUUUCACCACCGGUCGACAAAUGCAACUUCAUCUAUCUGGCCUUGAUACUUGGUGGAAUAGGCUUCCUAUUACCGUACAACAGCUUUAUAAUCGCUGUGGAUUACUUUCAAACAAGAUACCCCGGUACAACAGUAAUAUUCGACAUGUCAGUCGUUUAUAUUACAAUGGCCUUUUUUGCAGUAUUCGCUAAUAACAUUUUAGUUGAAACACUGUCUCUGAACAUGCGAAUAACUUUUGGUUACUUGGUUUCGUUCGUUACAUUGAAUUUCGUGGUAAUAUGCGAAAUUUGGUGGGAACUAUUUGGUGCUACUACUUCAUAUAAUAUAAAUUUAAUAGCUGUUGCCAUUGUCUCGCUUGGUUGUACAGUCCAACAAUCGAGCUUUUAUGGAUAUACUUCGAUGCUUCCUAGUCGAUAUACACAAGCCGUUAUGACCGGAGAGAGUGUUGCUGGAUUUUGGGUUUCGAUUAAUCGAAUUUUGACGAAAUCGUUGCUGGAAGAUGAACGUGGUAAUACAUCGAUGUUCUUCGCAUUGUCGAAUUUGACGAUACUAAUGUGUUUCGUGUUACAUCAAGUAGUACGAAAGACUGAUUUCGUACAAUUCUAUAUAACACUAUGUCAAGAGAGAAAUCGUAUUACAUUGGAACCAACGGAGGACGUUGGCCUGAUGGAUCCGCUUGACCAGGUGGGUGACCCAACUAAAGGUCAAUACGGAAUUUUGAAGAUACAAACCAGUCCACUGGGCAUCGAAUCUACUAGUGCAAGUACAGAUAUAAAUGGCGUCGGACAAUACUCAGCAUUCUCCUUUAGUAAUCCUGUUUACGAGCCCAGUGCAACUUCUGGAAAUUUAGCAGGAAGUGCUGGUCCAACUUAUAAAGUUGAAGAUGUUGUGGUGAUGAGAGGUUCUUACGCUAAUCAAAAUAGUAAACCUUGGUCUGGUAUUAAAAGAGGAUUACUGGCAAGAUACGAAGUCUCAAAACUUAUCUUCCCAUACAUGGCUAGCAUCGGAAUUGCAUAUUUCGUAACUCUUUGUUUAUAUCCAGGAAUAGUGUCAGAAAUUGUAUCUUGCAAAUACGAAUCAUGGAUGCCGGUCAUCUUGAUGACAGCUUUCAAUGUUUCCGAUCUCUUUGGCAAGUUAUUAGCAACAAUACCAUUUCAAUGGAAACGUACUCAUUUACUUUACUUCUCGAGUGCAAGGAUUAUACUGAUACCUUUAUUUUUGUUAUGCGCUAUACCAAGAAGCGCUCCUAUAUUAUCCGACGAAUGUUAUCCAUUAGUAUUCUCCUGGCUACUUGGUUUAACAAAUGGUAUUGUUGGAAGUAUACCGAUGAUUCAGGCGCCUAGUAAAGUACCAGAGGAACAUCGUGAACUUGCAGGCAAUAUAAUGACAUUGUCAUAUAUAACGGGCUUAACGAUUGGCUCAUUGGUAGCAUAUUUAAUGGAUACUUGCUUUGGUCCACCGUUUCAAACGAAAUAUUUAUGCCCGAAACCAUGGAAAUCAAUAAUAAUUCCAAAUAAUAACACGACCAUAAAUAUUAUAACAAACGCCAUGUCUUCCACAUUACCUACUAUAGAGAAAUCAACAACGAUACCGAAAUUAAAGACAACUGCUAGCAUUCUAACAACAGUAUUGACAAGUACUAUGUUAACAAAUAGCACAAUUUACACGGACCUUCCAACGACGAUCUCACCGAAAAUAUUAGCCAACGUUACGACCUCAGUCAGUAAUGCGAUUAUUCAACAUUAAAACGAGCACGUUUGUGUGCUGUGUUAAAUCUGGUAUUUUACUUACUCUCUUUACUCCCUUUACUCUUUACUCUCUCGCGAAAAGAAAAACAGAAAAGGCAAAAGAAAUAAAAUUCGCGAGCAAUAAAUACAAAUUGCGCAAACUUAUGAUAUUCUCAUAGAACGAAGAAAAUAAUUAAAAGAUAUUUAAAGUAAAUAAGAAAAAGAAUUAGACGAUUUUUCAUAAUCUUUUUUUUUUCUUUUUUUCUUUUUAUUUAUCAUUUUAGUAGACCCCAUAUCAUCAGUUAAGAAAAUAAAAAGGAAAAAAAAGAAACAUCAUAAAAAAUUUUGUUGAUAGUGAAUGAUGAUAAAAAUUGUUUAUUAAUUAAUUAAUUAACAUAUAUUUGUAAUGUAACGCCAGAUUGAACACGCAUACAAAGAAUAAAAUCAAAUUAUUUGAAAUAUUAUUAUCUCCAUAAGUUCGUAGAACAUUGUUUGAGUCUAUUCUAAGCCAGGGAUUUAAAUCUAUAAAAAUAUUGAAUAAUAUUUUAACUAAAAAGGAUGAACUUGUUAGAGACUGAGACGAUAAGUGUGAUUUUAUAAAUUUAUUGUUUCUGUUAAAAAAUGUUUAUUGUCAAAUAACUUGACAAUAUUUUUUUGUUUUGUUUUUAAGAAAAAGAAUUUAUAUAGAUUUAAAAAUUAAUCAAUCCAAAUAUGUUGAUACUUCGUUAACACGUUGAAUGCCAUUUGUAUUUUAUUUAAAAUGUUUCUAAGAUUGAUUAAUAGUAUUAAUUAAUUUUAUCGUUAGUUGUUAUUUAGUAGAUAAUAUUUGUUAACCAAAGAAAGGAAAGAAAAGAUACUGUUAAUAGACGAUAAUUAUCGAUGAUAAGUAGUGUAAGAUCUAAUAUAUCUUCGUUUAUAGAAUAAUUGAGAUUAUUAUUUUGAAAGUGGACUAAAUCGAUUGUAUCAAAAAGGUCACAAAAAGAAAAAUGUCGUUUUAAAGAAAUUAUUUUAUUAAUAUAAUUGUAGUAAAAUUUUGGUAUACAGAAACAAUUUAAAAAUAUAAAACGUACGUAUAAUAAAAUGUCUGAUUGCAUCAAAAAUAUAUAUGAUGUGAUUUAAUAAUUAUUUAUAAUAAUUAUUUUUAAGAUUGGCAAUUAAUCUAAUAACAAUAACUAAAACGACGUAUUCCACUCUUGAGAUGAAAAAAUAAAAAAAAUAAGUAAAUAAAUAAAUAAAUAAAAAUAAAUAAAUAAAUAAAUAUAAAAAAAAACGUUAAAUUUAAACAAUUAACUUCAUCAAAAUCUGCAAUUGGCAUUCAACGGUAUGUAAUUUGUUAGCCCCUGAUAAUAGGCAAUGUAGAUAUUUAUACAUUUUCGUUUAUCACGAGAAAACAUUAAAAUUUGGUAAAUCGAUAAAGCGCAAAUAACUUGUCGAGUUUCAAAAUCGUAAUGGAAUACGAUUACAAUGACAUAACAAAGGAAAAAAAAUUAAAAAAAAAAAAUAAAAAGCAAGACAAAAUACUCUUCACGUUAGAUGAAGCAUGACAGAAAAAAUAACAAAAAAUAAAAAACUAAAAAAAAAUGAAAAAAAAAGCAUAUCAUCCACAUUAUUAGCGAGAGAAAAAAAUAAGAAAAAAGUGAGUCGUCCUAUUUGGAAAAAUAUCGUUGGUUAAGCUUUCUCUCACUCUCUCACUUCCUCUCUUUUUAAUUCUCUCUCUCUCUCUCUCUCUCUCUCUCUCUCUUUUUCUCUCUUUCUCUCUUUGUUUACGUUGAUAAAUCGAUUAUUAUUGUUGGAGUUGCUUGGAACAAUACAUCACAAAAGACAAAUUACAUUAAAUUAAAUCACAAAAUAAAAUUGAAAGAAAAAAAAAAAGAAAAAAGAAAAGGAAUUCGAGAUAUUAAAUACAAUAAAGUGUUAUAUAUUCUGGCAACUCUAACAUCAAUUCACAGACUGUUAGAUAGAUGCUUAAAAAUUAAUUAAUUCAUAUCAAUUAAUUAAUUAAAGAAAAAUAAUCUGUCGAUUUAAUUAAUUCAUAUCAAUUAAUUAAUUUGAUAAUUAAAAAAAAAUUUAUCAAGUGUACUUGAUAAAGUUAUUGCGCAAGGUUUAUUAUGUACGAAGUUGUUACAUGUAUGUCUUUACGGGAACGAUAGUUAUGAACGAUAGUUGUCUCUCUACCUCUUUCUCUCUCUUUCUCUCUCUUUCUCUCUCCCCUCUUCUCUCUAUCUCUUUCUCUUUUUAUUAUAUAAAUAACGAUAAAGUUGUUCACAUUACGUGAAAAAAAAAGAAAGGAAAUACAAAAAAACUAACAGUAACAGAAAAAACAAAACAAAAAGAAAUAAAAUUAUUAUCAUUAUCAUUAUUAUCGUUAUUAUUAUUAUUAUUAUUACUAUUACUAUUAUUAUUAUUAUUAUUAUUAUUAUUAUUAUUAUUAUUAUUAUUAUUAUUAUUAUUAUUCAUAAAUUUUUGUUAUAAAAAUAAGUCGAUCGUUAUUUAUUAUUAUUAUUAUUAUUAUUAUUAUUAUUAUUAUUAUUAUUAUUAUUAUUAUUAUUAUUAUUAUUACUAUUAUUACUAUUAUUAUAUACGUAUCUAAAGACAUAUCGAAGAACGUGUAUGAAGGAUACAAUCAAAUUUUGUAACAUUAAAAUAUAAGAAAAAGAAAAACAAACAAACAGACAAACAAACAAGGAAGCAAACAAACAAAUUAAAAUAUUUUUAAACAACAAAGCAACAAUUAAAAAAUGAAUUUUAUGAAGUAGUGAUGAAACAAAUGCGAGAAUGGCUUCAUUAACAUAAAAGAUCUUUCUUUCUCUCUCUCUCUCUCUCUCUCUCUCUCUCUCUCUCUCUCUCUCUCUCUCUCUUUUUCUCUCUCUCUCUCUCUUUUCUAUUAUCCAUAUAUAUAUAUAUAUAUAUAUAUAUAUAUAUAUAUAUAUUAUUCUGCCUCUCUUGUUUUUCUAUACUAUUCUAAUCUAUGCAAUUGAGUAGAACAUUUCUCUAACGAGUUAUGAGACAUCUAACUUAGGUUGACAAUCGAGAGUAUUGUCAAUCAUAUAAACACAUUUUAUCAGUGGUUAAAUGUACAUGCAAAUCAUAUUCACAAAAAUAACAUAUCGUCUAUUAAGAAAAACAUUAGUAUAUCACGCAUAAAUAUCUAUAUCUUUUGCGUGAUACUCUGCAUAGUCUCUUACAAUAAGAAAUGAAUGGGAAAUUAGAAAUUUUGUGACUUGUACUAACUCUAAAUUCGUGAACGCUUUGCGAACUCAAUAGGUCUAUUUUUUAGUCAAUAAGAUUCUUUUCCUCCUUUUCUUUUUCUUCUUUUUUUCUUUUUUCUUUUUUGUGUAACUUUCUAAGUACGACAAAUUUAUUUAUUUUAUUUAUUUAUUUUUUUAUUAAAGAAACUGAAAUUGUAAAUUCUUAAUUAAGAAAGCUAUAUAUAAUACAAUUUGUAUAAAUGAAGUUGAUGAUAUAUAAUUAAAAAAUGAAAAUAUCCAACUUAUUGUAAAUCAUUUAAAAUGAACAUUUUUGUGAUAUUUUAGUUAUUCUUUUUUUUUUAAUUCUUUCUUCUUUUUUACUUCUCUAAUCUUUUUCUCCUUUCUAAAAAAAUAAAAGUUGCAAAUUCGUAUUACAUAAUAUAUAAUUAAAAUAAUUAAAAAAUGUAAUAUAUAUAAUUUUAAAAUCAAAAUAUUAUACAAGUUAUCGUAAAUGCGAUUUAUUUUUAAUUUCUUUUUUAUUUUCCUGUGCUUCAUUUUCGUUCUUUCUAGAAUAUAUUUUGAAACACAUUCUUUAUAUUUUUAAUAUUUUAAAAAUUAAGAUAUAUGUAAUUAACAAAUUCAUGUUACUUUUACAUAUUUUCUUUUAUAUUUUCAAAAUGUCUAUUUUUUUAAUCUUCUCUGUAAUAUAUAUGUAUAUAUAUCUAGUAGCAUAUUUUUCUUUUUACUAAUUUUUGAAAAACCACUUUUUUUUAAUUAUUAUUAUCAUCACAAAUCCGGUACAAAUCAAAAAAAUUUUUAAUUUUUCAAAAUUCACAAUCAUUGCUAUAAUAUAAUCAUUACCAGCACAAGAAACAGGGGAAACAAAAUCAAUAAAUCAAUUUAAUCUUGUAUCGUCGUAAUCGGUGAUAAAAAAAAAAGAAAAAAAAAACAACGUUGACCGCUUAUAUACAUGCUAAUUAUAUCCGUGUUAAACGUCUUUGUUUUAUAAAUAAAAAAAAAACAUAAAAGAUAAAAAGCAAACAAAAAAUUAAAAGUUAAAAAAAGAAAAGUGAAAAGGAAAAAAAGGGAAGAGAAAAAGAAAAAAAGCAGUACCAGUAGUCUUUCCUCGUGAGAUAAAAAUUUUAAAUUAAAAAAAAUCAAUUUUAAAAAUUUUCAAUAAUACAUAUCUAGAUAUCGUCGAGAAAUAGCUGUAGCUUUUUUUUAUAUAGAAAUUAGAAAGACUUCCAAAUGUGUGUAUGUGAAACAUUAUGCGGACUGCGUAAUUGUAUUUGAAAGGAGUAGAGAAGGAACAUAUAUAUAUAUAUAUAUACACACACAUAUAUACAUAUAUAUUUUUGUUAGACGUAUCUAUGUAUCUCAUUUUGUUACAUCCCGUUCGCGGAGAGAAGAAACUUAAAAAAAGAAAAAAAGAAAACUAAUUUACCGACAGAGAGAUGAUAAUUACCGCGAAAAUUUAAAAAAGAAACAAAAAGUGAAAAAAAAAGAAAUAAAGAUUAAAAAAAGAAAAGAUUAAAAACGAAAAUUUAUUAAAACUUUUCCUUUUUAAACAAUAGUUGUAUUAAUUUUUCAAAGAAUAUAAGUUCUUUCUCCAACUCUAGAAUUAAUCGUAUUAAUUAAUCACAUUUGUCAUUAAUCUUAAUGUAUACAGGUAUACAUAUCCAUACAUACUAAUGAUAAAUAUCAUAUUUAAUUUAAUCAAACACUCUAUUGUACAUAAUAUACGCAUGAGAUAAGGAAGCAAAAAAAAGAAAAAAAAAAAAAGAUUUAAUUCACAUGAUGUUACUAGUGUAAAUUUUAAUCAUCGAUCGUUUAACCAAGUUAUAUUUAGUAAACGAAAAAGAAAAGAAAAGAAAAAAUAAAAAAGAAAAAGAGAAAUCAUUUUCUUUCUUUUUUUUGCGAGACGAAUUGAAAUCGUAUUAAUUACUUAAUAAACAAAAUAAUUCAUUCCUACGAUGAAAAAUGAAAUAAAAGAAGGAACGAGGAAAUAUGAGCUCUGUAUAGAGACUAUAUAAAUGCUUUAUAUAGCUCUUAAUACAAAAAGAGACUCUAUCUUGAUACGAAUUGUAUUAAUAAAUAUAAGUACGAAUAUAUGAAAAGGAUAAAAUAAAGAGAUUAUAAUAAUUAGAGAGAA